UUAUAUAGGGCAGUCGCGUGUCGAGCGGACGCGUGUACGCCGCCGUCACGAAGCAUGGCUGAAGAUCACGGCGGCCCGUUCAGCAUCCGGCGGCUCAUUAGUGACGACUCGAAGCCCACGAGCGGGGCGGGAGCCCCUCCAACGACGGCAGCAAGCGCUUCGAGCCGCGAGAAGCCGCCGUUCAGCUACAACGCGCUCAUCAUGAUGGCCAUCCGCCAGAGCCCCGAGCGUCGGCUCACUCUCAACGGCAUCUACGAGUUCAUCAUGGACCGGUUCCCUUACUACCGGGACAACAAGCAGGGCUGGCAGAACUCCAUCCGCCACAACCUGAGCCUCAACAAGUGCUUCGUCAAGGUGCCCCGCCACUACGAUGAUCCGGGCAAGGGCAACUACUGGAUGCUGGACCCCAGCAGCGACGACGUCUUCAUCGGCGGCAGCACGGGCAAGCUCCGCAGGCGGUCGGCUGCGCGGGGAAGCCGACUUCAGUUGCACGCCGCAGCGGCGGCCGCCCUGAAGCAGCACCAGCACAGGGCGUCCCUGCACGCCGCGGCGGCCGCCGCCGCCUCCAUCCAGCCGCACCACCUGGCCGCAGCCUCGUGGCCGUCCUCGUGGCUUCUGCGCUGCCAGCUGGCCGCCGCGGCCGCCGGUCUUCUGCUGUGGCCACCGCCUCCAGCGGCGGCCGGAUGCUGCGGAUUGCCCGUAGCCGCCGCGGCUGCUGCUGCCCAUCAUCACCCACCGUCGCUCUCGGCGCCCAUUCCCGUGUCUUCGUCGUCGUCGCCGCAGAACCCGCAGGCCUCGUCGGCAACAGCUCUGACACCGUUGUACAGGCCCGUGGCAGUGCUGAGCAGGCAUAGCUAGUGCGUUUGGGACCCCCAGUGACAGUGAGAGAGAAACGACGUGUUUGUAGGUUGUGAUAACAAGCGCGAAGACCCAGCCGCCAUCCCUACUGCACUCAGGGCCGACGGAAAGGGAGUCCCCCUCCGCGUCGCUUGUGCAGCAAGAUCAAAGGCACCGACCGACCCCGUCGGCUAGAGAAAAAAGGCGCCGCUUUCGCGGGGCGACAAUGGCCGUCGCCCAGGUGACGACUCCAUCGCGAACGCCUUUUCUUCGAGCGCGUGGACGCAUGCGAACGCGCGGCGUGUCGAGAGGCGCCGGCGGGGAAGAAAGAAGGCGCGAAGAGGCGGAGACCGCCCUGUCACCGCAGCAUCGGCCGCAAACAGUGUGUGUACACGGCGGGGACAACACACAACGGGGGAACAACGCACAGCCAACAAGCCGACAUGAGCGCUCCCUUUUAACAGCCUGCAGCCCCACGGGGAGAGCGAAGCUGAUCGGCCCUGGUCCCCACCCGACGCUGCUGCCACGGAUCCCCGAUGCACGUGCGUCUGUUGCUGCUCGAUGCGGCGCUUGACUGCUCCUGUUGCGUGUCAAAACACGUGUUCCUCUUUUCAUUUCUGUUUGUACGUUUGGCUGACUUGACUCCGCCGCGGUGUGGUUCUGUGUCGGCUUCCUUUUUGUUUCGUUUGUGGUUUGUACGUCGCGCAGCUCCGCGCUUUGUGAAUGUAGAUACCCACCUCCGUCCCCCCUCGCGAUAUCGCUCGCAUGCGACAAAAGGUUUUACACGCCACUGACGCUUUCCGGAGAGGUGACGUCGAAAAUCUUGCGCGUCUGUUGCUGCAGCCGACGCGAAGUCGGUGAACAAGAAGCUGCAUUGUGCAUAUAAUGGCUGUCGCCGCAUGCGCGAAUCGUUACAUGUGUACGGUUGGACCAGACGGAGACGCUAUAGUUCACUACAGCGGUAUGGUUUUCAAUAAGGCGCGCCGUGUUCGUAGUGAGGGAUCGCCCCGCGAGUUACAUGUGCACGGGCAAAAGAAAAGAAAGCCGUCGCUGUGGGUGUGCUUUUCGAGAGCUGGAAAGCCGCCAUCGGGAGGAGCACCGUCUUUUCGUUAUACGAGGGCGAUUAGUAGCAGCCUGCAUGCUGUUCGUUUGUACAACGGCCCUGCGUUAGAUUAGUCCCAUUUCACGCGCACUUCAUGCCAAUCAACGUUUCACACGCCCUAAAUUUUCGCAAUUAAGUCCAUGGAACCAAGUUGUUACUAUAUGCGCGGCGUGUGAGCAACGUCGAUCUGCGAGGACCUACACGUGUGCCUGUUGCCAAAACGGCUUGCAUCGAAAUCGACGAAACUAUGGGCGAUCGCCUUGCGCAGACAACACGUGGAGUUUCUCUUGGAAUACUUGUGCAAUACGCUCAUUUGAAAGAUGAUGGCCGUGGAUAGGAAGAUAAAAUCCACUUUCGGUGUAAUCGGACUCCUCCCCAUCUUCUUGCCCUUGGAAAACCUUAGUAAUUCCUUCAGGUCGAGUCAACAUACGUGGAAUACGAAUGUACGUCGCCGUUUAUCUCCCUGGAAAUUGCAAGAACCUCACUUCCACUCCAAAUCCAAAUUUCUGUGAUGCGUCGGGCACGACCUAGUCUUGCACAGCCUGCUUAUGUUAACCACAGAGUUGGCCGCGAGAACUGCGCUAUGGAGAAGAAUGGUGGUUCAUUCAGCGAGCACGGGAAUGGUGGAUGCCGCAUGAAUUUGUCUAUGUACGCUUUGUGCUUCUAGCUUCUGACGACUUUGCGAAUUUUUGAAUAGAUCAUGUUCGACAAAGUAUAACGUUACCAAUGCAACAAUUGAUAAUAACAUAUGCAUGUACGCAGAAAAUUACUGCUUCCGUGUGUUUAGAAAUAUGGGGAAUCAAAUUCACAGAGCUUUUCUUUCUUAAGUGGUAUUUGCCAUUGCAUCCAGUCGCCUUCGCGGAUAACUUGUUCAACAUUGUGAUUGGUGUGAAGUUGCUCUUCCGAACAGUUCUACCGCAUUUUUUGAGUAUACGGGCCGUAAUGAAUGGCACUGCAGGAACGUCUGAAGCCAAUAUUAGACAAAUCCAUGUACUAUACACGAUUCCCGUAUUCGCCGAACGCUAUAGCAGCGCCAGAGUUCCCUGUGAUGGUUUUUCUAGGAAGCUCUGUGAAGCACGCACUUCACUCCACCCACAAGUUCUACGAAGCACAAAAGAAGACACAAAGUGCAUCUUCUCGUGUACGCAGACUAGAUCUCUACACCGGCCAUUAAAGACCA